AUGUCUGAAAAGCCCCUCCACGACAACGUCUCCCGCCACAAAACCCCCUCCGCGCCCGGCCGCGCCGUCUUCGUCGGCCUCCGAGCCCUAGACGUCUUAUGGCAGUACCGCCUGCUAACACGAGGCUGGGCAAGCCAAUGCAUCGAACGGCUCGGAGGCCACUCCAUCCCGAUAACCCAGAUCCUCAGCAGCGCCACCAGCACAAGCCUGACGCCGUACUACACCCUCGUGACGCUCCUCUCGCUGGGCAGCAGCAUCAAGCAGAUCGGCACGAUGCUCUUUAUCUCGGAGCAGGAGACGCCGGUUCCAUCGGCUAUUGCCGUCGCGGGGUUCAACACGAUCUUUAACUCGGCGAAUACGCUUCUUUCUGUGUGGAGUUUGACUUCCCAGGUUCCUGCGGAAACGGAGGUCCCGCUGUCGCCGGGGGAAUUUGUUCUCCUGAACCCGCUCCUCUCACUGGGUGUCGGCGCGUAUAUCCUGGGUAUCCUAACAGAGACAGUUUCCGAGGUUCAGCGCACGCUAUUCAAGAAGGAUCCCGCGAAUAAAGGGAAGCCCUACGGCGGCGGGCUGUUCUCGCUUGCAACAAACAUUAACUACGGCGGGUAUACCAUCUGGCGCGCAGGGUACGCGCUGAUCUGCGGUGGUGCUGCGCCGGCUGUCGUGACGUUCUCGUUCUUCUUCUGGGAUUUUGCGACCAGGGGCGUUCCGGUUUUGGAUGGGUAUUUGGAGGAUAGGUACGGCCAGGCAUAUAAGAACAUUAAGGAGCGCGUGAAGUAUCGGCUGAUUCCGGGGGUCUAUUGA